AAUAUAUUGGAUUGUUUGUGUGAGACUAAUUCUUGGUAAAUGAACAUGAACUACAAGAAAUGGUCGACAUUAGUGCUGAUAAAUUCUGAAUCUUUACAUGAAGAAUAUGUGUCACGGCUGAGCGCAGUGGCUCACACCUGUAAUCGCAACACUUUGAGAAGCCAAGACAGGCAAAUCACCAGAGGUCAGGAGUUCAAGACCAGCCUUGCCAAUAUGGUGAAGCCCCGUCUCUACUAAAAAAAAAAAAAAAAAAAGCUGGGCGUGGUGGCGGGCGCCUGUAAUCCCAGCUACUCGGGAGGCUGAGGCAGGAGAAUCACUUGAACUUGGGAGAAGAUUGCAGUAAGCCGAGAUCACGCCACCGCGCUCCAUCCUGGGCGACACAGUGAGACUGUCUCAAAAAAAAAAAAGAAUAUGUGUCAGAAGAGAGAAAGGGAGGUAUGGCCUUAAUGCUGUAUUAAUGUAUAAGAUAGAGGCAUGGUAUUCUUGGAUUCUGGAGCCUAUCAAGACAUUUCAAGGCAUAGAUUUGAAUUGAAAAAGUGUGGAAAGAUGAGAUGAGCUUUCAAGAGGGAUGCUGAUCGUAAGUCUUUAGGGUUAUUGUCUCUGUGACUAUGUCAGACCAGCUUCACUGUGGAACUUAAGAAUGAAAAAGGCAGCGCGCUUUCCGACUGCCUGACUGCUUUUUGGCCUCACCAGUGGGAGCUCCAGCAUCUCGUUUGCUCAAAAUGGACCCCAACUGCUCCUGUGCCACUGGUGGCUCCUGCAUGUGCGCCGGCUCUUGCAAGUGCAGAGAGUGCAAAUGCACCUCCUGCAAGAAGAGCUGCUGCUCCUGCUGCCCCGUGGGCUGUGCCAAGUGUGCCCGGGGUUGCAUCUGCAAAGGGGUGUCAGAGAAGUGCAGCUGCUGUGCCUGAUGUGGGGACAGCUCUGCUCCCAGAUGUAAAUAGAGUAACCUGCACAAACCUGGAUUUUUUAAAAAAUACAACACUGAGCCGUUUGCUGCGUUUCUUUUUAUAUUAAAUAUGUUAAUGACAAUAAAACAAUUUUUACUUGAAGAAAAAAAAAUGAAAAAGGCUGGGUGCGGUGGCUCAUGCCUGUAAUCCCAGCACUUUGGGAGGCCGAGGAGGGCGGAUCACAAGGUCAAGAGAUCAAGACCAUCCUGGCCAACAUGGUGAAAACCUGUCUCUACAAAAAUACAAAAAUUAGCUGCACGUGGUGGUGCAUGCCUGUAGUCCCAGCUACUAAGGAGGCUGAGGCAGGAGAAUCGCUUGAACCCGGGAGGCAGAGGUUGCAGUGAGCCGAGUCACGCCACUGCACUCCAGCCUGGCGACAGAGCAAGACUCCAUCUCAAAAAAAAAAAAAAAAAGAAAGAAAGAAAAAGA